UGGAUCAUUAAUGGGAUGAUGAUGGAUCGCUCCAUGCUGCUGCUCAUAUUUCUUUCAGCAUUUGUAAAUGAGAAUGGACUGAUUCUUGGAAACACUAUAUCUGCUACUACUGUGCUGUUUACUAAGACUGACACCACCUUUCUAAAGACCACAUCAUCUGCUCCUAUGACCACCAAACCAGAAACAAGAGCAACAACUACCACUCCUAUUACCACUACUACCAAUCCUACUACCACCCCUGUUAUCACUACUACCACCCCUACUACCACACCUGUUAUCACUACUACCACCCCUACUACCACCCCUGUUAUCACUACUACCACCACAUUAAGUGCUACGACCACCAGGUCACCCAUAACUACCACUUCAACAACAUCAACUACCAUCCCUAACCCGCUUUUGACCACUACUCAACCUACAGGUAAUACCUGUCCAGAGGAAACACUCAAUGGUUUGACCUUCCCACUCACUGUGACCGGUCAGAUUAGUUAUUCAACACAGCUUUGCCCUCCAGGAACAGCCAGCGCUGGUUUUCCUAAGGCCUCAGCUCAGUGUUUGAAUUUACCACUUUUCCACGCAUUUGGAGGAGUUAAACUUCUGGACUGUGGCUUGAACCUGGAGGUGUUCGAAAGCAAAGUCAACGGGACUCUGGAAGAGAAUAUGUACGUUGCCUCCAGUGUCCAGAUACUCACGUCCAAACCUGAGCAGCUGACAUCCCAGAACAUCACCUCAGCUGCUACGGCUGUCAAUAACCUGCUGUCCGCCAGCAUGUUAAAUGAGUCAGUUGCAGAGUCAGUGGUGGCCACCAUCAGUCAGCUCAUGCGCACUGAUAAAGACCAAUACUCUGAAGACACUUACGAUGCCCUUGAGAAUCUCACAAAGACUUUGGAGGAUUUUGCUUUGAACAUGAAUAACAUUAACUCUAGUGUACUGGUGCAACCAAACCUAGCGGUGCAAAGCAUCAAGUGGCCAAAUUGGACCCCACAAGUGCAAUUCUACUCUGCAACAGGUCAGUGCCGAAACCUCAUAUAA